ACGGAUCCUAUCAAAUAUUUCACAUUUUCUAUGAUCAUCUCUAUUUUAGGUAUUCGGGGAAUCCUCCUUAAUAGACGAAAUAUUCCUAUUAUGUCAAUGCCAAUUGAAUCAAUGUUAUUAGCUGUGAAUUUGAACUUUUUGGUCUUUUCUGUUUCUUCGGAUGAUAUGAUGGGUCAAUCAUUUGCUUCAUUGGUUCCAACGGUGGCAGCUGCGGAAUCUGCUAUUGGGUUAGCCAUUUUCGUUAUUACUUUCCGAGUCCGAGGGACUAUUGCUGUCGAAUCUAUUAAUAGCAUUCAAGGUUAA